AUGUCCACUGAUGGGGAACAGAAAUUCCCUAUUGAUGAAUCGAAUCAAAUGGACCCUUACCCACCACGUAGACCCAGUGUGGAUUACUGGCUAAUACCGACUGUAGAUGCAGCCAGAACCAAAAGAUUAAAAUGCCUUCCGAGCUUCAACAUUUCGUCUAGCGGUGGCGUCAGCUGGACCGCCUCUUUACCGCAUGAUCGAUGUUCACGUGCUCUGAGAUCAUUCACAUAUAACGCGAAACAGAUUCCCCUUUGGCGUGCACGCCGCGAUGGUACAUGUUUGAUAGCAACCACAAGCAACCAUCGGCAAACGAAUUCGUUUGAUGUUUCGGAACUGGGUGAUUACGACCCCCGGCGACACUCGUCCGGCUACGUGUCCGAGUUCCGAUUACUAGCACAUCAGACACCUGAGUUGGAGGCGCGCGCAGCUGAAAUACACAGGACGCUUACAGGAAUAUCCCCGGCGCAGGCUGAAUUGAGUUACUUGGACAAAGUGAAAUGGCUGGACAUGUAUGGUGUCGAUCUGCAUCCCGUCCUGUACAAGAAACAUUUGAAAAUACAAAACUGGGGUGGCGAGGUGUGGGGUGUCGAUAUAAAUGUCCUCAAUCCAGCUUCGAUUGUGUUCAACGCUUCGACACUUGUCGUCGCGCGGAUGACAUUUUCAUUAUUUGGCAGAAGUAACGGCGAAGACAGCGUCGAGUAUUUCUUAGGGCUGGCACCGAGUGGACUGCUGCUGCUACGUGGGAAACAUACGGUCGCCAACUACUAUUGGCCGAGAGUGUCGAAGUUGUACUACAAAGGACGCUAUUUCAUGUUGCGGGUGGCUGAUAAAAAUAAUAAUAAUAUUGAAAGUGUAAAUAUAGAUGUAAUGAAAUUGAUGAGAAAAGCGCCUUCUGUAAACAAUUCAAUAUUUUCCAUACAAACAGUGGAACGGAAUUCAUUCAAAACAUUACUCGCUCGACGGGUCAAUGUACAAAACAACCACUGGUUCCAAAUGAGACUUCGACAUACGGGUUCGAGUCACCGACAAGGUCCGCGUGCCGCCACCUCUGGCGAUGUUGUUCCGACCACCAUGCUUUCUUCAGGCUACAACAAACGGCUCCUGCUUCCGCCGAUAUCUUCGCUAUGGGAUCGAGAUUGAGGAACAGCGGACGAGGAUCUAGACCCAGGCCCCCACCUGCGUUCACUCGGAUACCAUCUAGACGCAACGCACGCCCAUCACACAUGUCGCA